AAGUUCUUAUUGCAGUUGUCAUUGCAAAACAUAUUGUUUACACUUAGCAUAAAACCGGAUAAUGUAAGCCAAGAACAUCGGUUAUCAAUGGACUGUUCAAGGAGUAAGGUGAGUGGUAAUGAAACCGAGCUCGAAUACGAGGUGGAGCAUCGUGAUCUGAGGGUUGAAUCCGCAUACGAGCCAGGAAAGCCGACUGCAAGGCAGUAUGAUCGAGAGGUGCACGUACUCAACCGGGAUAACAAAAACGAUCCUUUAGGGAAGGCAUUUGAUGGGAGCCGUCCGCCAAACUCAAAUGGGGAUUUGGUAAAGAAGGUAAAUCGGCAGCAACGACACCAUCAGCAGCCAGAGCAGCGUCCUCAAAAGCUAACAGAGCAUCGAAGGGAACAGCUACCGGAAUAUGCGAAUGAACAUCUACCUCAACAGCGAAGCGAACCAAUGGAAUAUCGAAGGGAACAUCGAAAAGAACAAAUUCCGGAGCGUGGUAGUGAACAGCUACCUCGACAUCGAAGGGAGCAGCUCCAUCAACAUCGAAGGAAACAGCUAUCAGAUUAUCCGAAGGAACAGCUAUCUCAACAGCAAAGAGAACAGCUUUCGGAACUUCGAAAGAAACAAAUACCGGAACAAGGAAGUGAACAGCUAUUUCAACAUCGAAGGGAACCGCUAGGGGAAUAUCCGAUGGAACGUCUACCUCAACAUCAAAAGGAACAGCUUUCACGAUAUCCUCGGGAGCAAACAUCGCAAUAUAGGAGAGAACGGCUGUCAGGGCAUCGAAAUGAGCAAUAUUCGGAGCAUCUAAAGGAUAACCUUCCCCAAAAUCGGAUUGAAUCGCUUCAAGAACAUCGAAAGGAACACUUUUCUGAACAUCUAAAGGUAGAACUACCGGAGAAAUUGCGGCUGGAGUUACAGGAGCAGCGUAGACAUACGGAAAAAGAUAGAGAUCAGUCGAGGCACCAAUCGAGGCCCAAAGUGGAUCCCAAUACGGAGCUUCAUCAUAGAAAUGAUGCACUCGGGGAACUGCUCCGCAAUUCAGUAGUCGUCCAUAGCGACUAUGUGAAGGAUAACUUAAAUCGUUUAGCUGCUCCCACUCUACUAAGGCCAAUAUCCGGACACCGGCAAGCGUCUGGUCGCGGAGGUUGCAGUGGCUGUGACUCUAAGAAAUACGCACAACAUCCGGACCGUUAUGAACCCACUUGUUGCGAUGCACGCGAUACGUCCAACUCAAAUCAUAUGUGCAACGAAUGUUACGAUAAUCCGCGACCUCCUAAGCCACGUCGCAACAGAAGUCGAAACGCAAACUAUAAUAACCAAGAUAAUUUUAGAACGCAAUGCGAUUGCGACGAUGAACCACAGACUAGGUCACGUCCGGAGCCCCGUGCAUACGAUGUUUACUGUGAGGAAUGUGCACAAGCGCCUCAGCCAAGAUCACAGAGCGACUAUCGCGGUAGAUCCUACAGUUGUGAGCCUCAGCCAAGGCCCCAUCGAACUAAGCCUCGCAAAAGUCAAUCAGUAUGCCCUUGUGAUAGCAAAUCAAGCAAUAAAGGUUAUGCUCCCUCCAAUCGUAACUCACAUUACAUGGAGGUUUCGGAAUUUCGAAAUAUUGUCUGUCGCAAUCCCUUGGUGGUCAAGUCCAGAGGUUGCAUAAAUCCAUGCGAAGAGGAAAAACCCAAACCUAAGACGUACGUACCUUGUCCUAAUUAUAACGACGUGCCACAGCCGGUUAACAAUGAUUGUUGCACCUCGGGUCGAUCACGGCAGAAAGUAAGAACCAAAGCAGUAAUAGAGCGACCACCACGCCAAUAUGAUUGUGAUCCUUGCAAUAGUAAUCCUCCGACAGAUUAUAUGGAAUUCGAGAGAGAUCAGUGCAACCAAUACCCUGCAAGAGGAAAUUGCUCCAAUGAGAGACUAUGUUGUCCGCGCAAGCCCCCCCCACGAAGCGAAAAACUAAAGCCAAAAUGCGCGAGUGCUCCAGCUUCCAGGAAAUGUCCUCCUCCAUGCAUCAAGACACCACAGCAAAGAUCCGUCAAAGUCAAUCGCACUUGCUACGUGCCACCCAGCUGCUUUGCGCCACGCUUCGCGAAUACAUCACGUAAAUGUUCCGGCUCGGAUAUACAUUUCACGGAUAAAUGUGUUUCAACUUUAACACAAGGCAAUCGCCGCAAGAUUCGGAUUAAGAGUCCAGACACUCUGGGAGCCGUUCCGCAGAUGAGAAGAACAAAAUCUAAUUUGAAAGAACGAUUGUCUGGUUGUGGUCUAACUUAUCCCCGAAUUCAUGACGUAUUCUCGAGCAAAAUGUUCUUAGGAACCGGUUUUAAUAUGGUACCGAUGCCAACGCUUUCCAAACUCAAAAUGAACCGACGCGUGCCGAAGCUUAAGCCGUGUUCAAUAACUCCCUUCCGUUGUCGUGGUGGAAAGCUGUCGCACACAACCACACCGGUUCCAAAAACCCGUGCCAAUAGUAUCAAUACUAUGUCGACAGCUAGAACUACGCCACAAAGAGGCACAGGGGGUGGCAGACGUGAUCUGACUCCAUCGACUCGAGGUACACCAACACUGGCUCGACGAGAUCUGCCCAAACGCUAUCAAGUAACGCCAACUAUAAUAGCAAUUCGCCCCAUACCGGUGACCGAAGAGCGUGGACGUCCAGCUGCACGCCCUGCUUCAAUAUUACACCAUCCUACGCCAGAAGCACAGACCAAGCCAAACACCACGGCAGCUGCAAGUCAAGGCAAAGCAACCACGACUAAAGGAGCACCGGCCAGAGGUUCGGUGAGAGUUUCGACAGUACUUCAACCUGCGCCUCGCAUCAAAAAAUCAGUAGUCAUCCAAGAGAACAAUGAUCGCGACAGAUCUUCAUUUGCCAACGAAAAUCGAGAAGCACCAAGACCUUCCCAACAGCAAUCAGUAAAGAAUUCUGUGACCCGCGUAGAAACCGAAUCCGGUAGGACGACAACUUCAAGUCAACGACAGCGCGAUGGCACUUAUGCUAUGUCUAAACAUGCUGCUCCAAACCAAUUUCACGAUCAGGGAUCUGUCAGAUUUAAUGAGGCAGCUAGAACUGAAGUGCAAGAGACAGCUAAACCUGUAACUCAAGAGACAGAGAGGCUCACAUCUCAAAAGACCACUAAACCUUCAACUGAUAAGCUAACUAGACCUUUAACUAAACAGGCAUUAAGAUCCCCAGUUCCAACCACAUCUCGUGGCCAAGCAGACCCCCCGUUCAAUUACGCCUCAACAAGUCCACGAAGUGAGGUCUUCAACGCAAGCUCAGACCCACGAUCGCGAAAGAUCCUUAAAUAUCACUUCCGAAGCUGA